UAUAAUGACAUCGGAGAGUCGAGUCGAGGAAGCUUACCUCACGAAUUACGAAACGGCGAUCUGACCUAGAAAAUCGGCUCGACACAAUGAAAACAACGGCGACGACGACGAUGCCGAGGAUAACCUGCAAAGCCGAAAAAAUGCCGAUGAUCGCAACCGUCAGCACGACGACGACGACGACGAGGAGAAAUAAUUAGCCUGCUCAGCAGUGGAAUUAUCCUUUAUUGACGAGUGCUUUAAGCGAAGUCAAAAAUUGUCUUAGUCUUGAGCGAACCAUACAUAUAUAACCCGCGUAUACGCGCGCGAAUAAUGACGCGAGAGGACGAUCUGGAGUCGAUACUAUGCGAGUCGGAAACGAGACGGCGAAUCGUGCUUUUAGGUGUAUCUCGUACACUGCGGGAAUGGCCGUCGAAGCUGUUCCAAGGCCUCGUCGUCGGUGCCGUGUUGAGCUUGAUCGUCUUCGGAUUGACGGUGCUGUGUAUUUUGGGCCCGCAGACAUGUCACGCCGCUCGGGUAUCCGGAGGCAAUUGCGAUCUCGGCGCCCCCACGAAUCUGCACUUCAUCAAGCACGAGAACCGCAGCUGGAGCCGAGACGACUACUGCCACAUCGAGACCGUGGCGCGGAGUUACCCUAGACACAACAUUUUCGUGACCAACCUACUGGAGAACUACGAUGAGCGGCCCGGUCUGAGCUCGACGAUCGACUACCAGCUGUUUUUCGAUCACUUGACGACGAUGGUGCCUUCGAGAAAUAUCGAGGACGAGAUGCAGUCGAAGCUCAAGAAGAUACCGAACGUGCGCAUAGUCAACGUGAGCAUCGAGGACUUUUUCAAAAGAUCCAGUUUACGUAAACGAGUGUGGCAAUUGACCAGAGACCAGCUGGAGCUAGCUGCCAAGUACCAGAUCAUCUGGAACAGUCCGGGUAUAUCGCUGGAACCGUCGGCCGCCUGGCAGCUCGACAAUCUCGAUCACCUGAUCAACAAGAUCGACUGCGAGCCCGACGCCAGCAUACAGCUGGACAGCGAUCUGCAGGCGUCCUCGGCCUCCUGCCAGUCCUUCGUCGGCCUCGUCAUGAAUCAGAUAGCCCGGGACGGCGGAUUCUUCGAUCGUCGCAGUCUGCUCAAACGCUCGCUCGAGUACUACUGUCCGGAAUCCAACGGGUGCAGCGGCGUUCGAAUUUUACAAGCGGCCUCGGCGCCCAAUGAGAACUACACCAACUGCCCGAGCAUCUGCUCGCUGUUCGACGUGGAAGCCGAUCUUUAGAUAACAGGCACGAUGUUGAAUAUGCAAUGUAAAUUUGUUUUGUUAAUAAUACUGAUUGGCGAAUGUCCGUUUGUGUGCGUGCGCGUAUUAUGAGGGUCAAAAAGGGACCGUAAAAACGCAUACGAAAUAAACUGCAUUUACUGUCGAUUUUGUCGAA